AUGUUCCGUGCAUGGAGCCGUAUCUUCAGGCCGCUGGGUAGGGCGGCAUCUACAACCGCCGAGGUUGCCGAGAAGCCACGUGAGGCGGCGGCAGAGCGCUUGAAUCGCCACGACCGCUCCUACCGGGCCAUAUGUCCUUUUACCGUGCGUCGCACUUCCUCAGACAACUUGCCCGUAUACGUCGUCAAGCGAAAGAAUCGAUCGGAGGCCGUCACGAUCAUCCGCAAAGUUCGGGGGGACCCGGACGCCUUGAAGCGGGAGCUGGAGUUCCUGUGCCAAACGAAAGUCAGCUAUGGAAAAAGUGGAUUCCUGCAGAUCGUCGGCAACCAUCGCCGAGCGAUCAAAGAGUACCUCAAAAGCAUCGGCUACUGA